CAUUGUUAGCGAGGUGGACAACCGCCGACUGCAUUUACACUCCUACUUUUGAGCAUUACACGAUACCUUGUGCUCCUGAAUGCUAGUAUGACUUUAAUCGGUAGGGUUGUUGGAGAACGAGGUGAGGUGAGGUGAGAGACAUUACGCGUCUUGCACGCGUCGCCUUCUCCCGCCUUCGGGUCUAGCUACCUACUCCAUCGAUCAUCCUCGCCUUGUCCUGCCUAUCUUACUGCUCAAAGUGUAUAUGCCUCCUCUUGUCUAACUCAAAGCGCGAUAAAGCCCAGAUUGAGUAGCACCACACAACAUCCCAAUUAAAAUGCCGAAGCGAUCGCAGGAGGAUUACGAAGACGACGGUGGCUUCGUUGAAGAUGCGCCAAAAAGCAAGAAGCAGAAAGAUCGGAAUGACAAUGGUGCAGCGGAAACCACGUUGAACAGCGGGACGCAAAUUGACGAGGAUGGAAACGAGUACUGGGAGCUAUCGCGUGGGCGGAAUACACGACGUGUUGGGAUAUCGAGUUUCAAGGACAACACCCUGGUGAACCUGCGCGAGUUUUACCAGAAGGACGACAAAUGGUUGCCUGGAAAGAAGGGCAUCUCUCUUCCCAUAGAGCAGUUCGAAGCCUUCAUUGGAGCCUUACCAGCCAUUGAAGCGGCGCUUCACUCGAGAGGCAUCAGUGUAUCCAGGCCGAACUACGACGGCGCAGGGAAACCAAGCGCCGUCCUCGCAAAGGCCGUAAAUCUCGGCGAGGACGGCGCCGCUAAAGAGGAUGGGCACGAUGCGCAGCUGGCGCCAGGGUCUAAGCUCGACAAGUUCAAGUUCAAAGCGAACCAUGAAGUUACAAGCGAAGAGGACGAAGGUUGAGUAUGUGCUAUUACGAAGGUGGCUUCCAGCUACAACAGCCUAUACCCGUUAGGCCAGUUGAGCAGGGCUACAGCACACCAGCAGAACCUUUUCUGACGGAAGCGAAGACUCCUGCUAAGGUCAGGACCAGGCUUGCUGCCGUGUGAAAGCGCAUGAACACUGUGCUUUUCAGGUUAGGCCAACGCGAACGACUACGCGCACGUCCUCAAUUCCCACAGCAUUAUCAUCCCCUUGAUGGCCGGCCUACCAUUACCGGCGCGAAGGACGUUACAUUUCCAUAUAUACGGCGGAUUUGCGAGCCCGGGCAUGAUGCUCUGUUGUGCGGCUGAUACCCAUGGCCUACCUGUGUUGCUAAGCUAACGCCAUUGGUAAAGUCGACUGCGGCAGCAGUCGAUUG